AUGAAUGAUUUUGACGACGGGGGAUUUGACGAAUUUACUUUAGAAGAUGAUGGAAAUGACGACGACCUUUUCAAGGAUGCUCCUCCAGUCGGAAAUUUCAAAAAGAACAGUCUUUUAGCCGGAUUAAAUACAAAACCUCCUCAAAACGCUAGCAGAAAAUCUCAAAUUCCACCUACAUUUGCAGAUGAUAUGCCACCAAUUCCAUCACUACCACCAGUUUCAAUAAGUCAAACAAUUAAACCACAAAUAAUUCCUCAAAAUCCUCUUCCUACAAUGAAUCAUAUAAUUUCAGAGCCACUUGAUGAACCAGCAUCAGGUGAAGAAAUGGCAGAUGAUUUCGUUAUUGAUUCAUCAAAAUCAGAAAAUAAACCGACUGAUGAGGUUGAAGAAAAUCAAAACGAUGCAAACAAUUUCGAAGCAAAUAAUGAUGAUCAAAACAACAACGACAACAACGAAGCUGAAUUCGAAAAUGAUUUCGUAAUAGAAUCACCUAGUUCAGAAGAAGAUCCAUACAAACAGCGUCUUAAACUACUUGCAGACUUAGAAAUGAUGAAUGCCGAACAAAAUCAACCAGAAACACCAAAAACAGAAAAAUCUAAUGCAGAAACUCAAAUUAAACCAAAAGAAGAAGUUAAAAAACCAAAGGAAUCACCUAAAAAAGAGGUAUCUCCGCAAACUUCUCAAAAAUCAAUACAAUCAAAACAAUCACCUAAAAGUACAGACUCUCAGGCAAAGAAUCCACAGGAUAACAAGCCCAAAAACGGUGAAGAAUUACAAACAAAGACUAAAAUACCUGUCAGAAGGAAUCAAUCUGAUGAACAAAAACAAAUUGCGGAAAAGAAAGCCCAAGCACAAGCGAAAGCCAACGAAGAGCAAAAGGCAAGAAUGGCCAAACUCGCAUCCGAAAAAGCUAAAGCAGAAGAGAAGAAAAAACAGCAAAUUGAAGAACAAAAAAAGAUUGAAGAAGAAAACCGUCAAAAACAAGAAGAAGAAAAACGACAGAAACUUGAAGAGAAGCAAAAAGAACUUGAGAGACUCAAACAGAUAGAGAAACAGAAACAGUUAGAAGCCAAAAAGAAGAAAGAAGAGAAAGAAGCAGCUUUGAAAGCGAAAGCUGAAGAAAUGGCAAGGAAAAGAGCGGAAGAAAGACAAAAGAAGCUGGAAUCUCUCAAGGCAUAUGAACAGAAGAAGAAAGAGAAACAGAUUUCCCAGCAAAAAUCAGUUCCACAAUCAAAUAAUAACGAUGAUCAUGAUUUUAGUGACGAUUUCGAAGACGACGAUGAACAGAAUGAGCAGCAAACAGAUGCUAGUGAAAAAGAAAGCAAAGAUGGCGAAAGCGGAUUCUUAAUUACCCAAUUAAACAACGCAAUUUCGUAUAAAGCUGAUGAGAACGACUCAGAUCGCAAACAAAAGCAAGCAUCAAGGACGGAGAGUGAAAGAAAAGAGCUUCCUUUCGAUUUAGCUGAUCCAACUGUUAAAAAAGCUCUAAAGAUUUUGGGAUUAGUUCCAAAAGACCUUCAUUAUCCAACUCAACUUGAACUAAACGCUUUGUGUCCUCGUGGUCCACUCCAAGACAAAGCUGCAGCUCAAUUAAACGCGAGAGUUGACUCUUUGAUACAAGAAGUUCAAUCCAAAGUUUUUGAAUUGCGAAACAAAAGCAAUUUACCUCCUUUGAGACAAAAGAACAACUCCCAGAUAUCCUCGCAAUCAUCCUCAUCCCAUUUCGAGAAUGUAGAAGCGAAAUAUCAACUGCAAACUGAAGAAUACAAAAAAAGUCAGAAGAAAAUGGUCGAAAAAAUGCUCAUAGACUUCAUCAGGGCGAGAGAAUCACAAAAAGAGCAGCAAUGGAGAGAAAGCGAACAGGAAUCAAGGAAGAACUUGGAGGAGCACAUGAAGAACGCGAAUUUGACUGAAGAAAGAAGGAAAAAUCAGGAAAAAAUGGAAAGAAUCAAAGCACAGAAAAGAAAGGUCGAAAAAGAAGAACAAAAGAAGAUAUUACAAUUACAAGAAGAACUCGACAUGAAAGAGAAAGAAAUGAAUGACAGAUUGAAACAAAUCGACCAAGAAAAACAACAAAAUCUUUUGGAGAAGAAACUAAAUUACCAAGAAGGAUUAAUCAAAGCAAGAAGAGCAAGAAUGCAAGCAGAAAGACAACUAAGAGAAAAAGCACAACUCGCAAUGAUUUCUCAGAAUCAACACGUUCAAAAUGUUAUUUCACAGAGAAAUGCUGCUCAAAAACGUUUGAAAGAACAGUUAAUUCUCGAGAAAAUUGAGAGACAAAGAAGACAACUCGAAGCUGAAAGAAGAAGAAGACUUGAAGAGUCUAAAGCUGCAAGACAAAAGACUGAAUCGAUGGAGAGACUUAAGAAUAUCGAGAUACAGAAGAAACAGGAAUUACAGGCACACAUGCGCGCAAUGAAGGCGAAAUUCAAUGCUGAUACAGUCAAGAAACAAAUGGUUGAAGACUUGAAGGGCAUGGCGUUCGAUAAUGACGAACAACUGAAGAAUUAUGCUGCUAAGUAUGGAUUUAACUUGUCUUCGCUUUAUGCAAAGGCAAGAGGAGAAACAGAGGAAACUUUUGAUGAGGACUUUGUUUCGGAAGAUGAAAGUACUCAUUAA